CCUUGUACAUAUUCUAGUCAACGUUAGUUAUUCUUUCGUUUUUAAUCGUUUAACAUUUUAGAGAAUUGUUUUAAAAAAUAGACAUAAUUGAAAAUUAAUAAAAUGAUGUUAAAUCUAUUAAAAUAUUUAUCAAACAAUCAUGGAUUAUUAGAAUUAAAGAAAUCAUCGUCAUUUUUAACAUUAAGGCUGUCAUUGAAUACAACAGCAGUAGUUUCUAAAGGCAAGAAAAAGGAAUCAGAUAGUGAAUUUCGAAUUGAGAGGGAUACUUUUGGUGAAGUGAAGGUGCCUGUUAAUAAAUAUUAUGGAGCUCAAACAGUGCGAUCAAUGCAAAAUUUUCCAAUAGGUGAUACCUUUGAACGCAUGCCUUAUGGUGUUAUAGUUGCAUAUGGUAUAUUAAAAAAAGCUGCAGCCGAAACAAAUAAAGAACUUGGAAUGGAUGCUAAAGUAGCAGAUGCUAUUAGUCAAGCUGCAGAUGAUGUUAUAUGUGGAGAUCUUUAUAAUGAUCAUUUCCCAUUAGUAAUUUGGCAAACGGGUUCCGGAACUCAAACUAAUAUGAAUGUUAAUGAGGUAAUUUCAAAUCGUGCAAUUGAAUUACUUGGUGGUAAAUUGGGAUCAAAAACACCUGUCCAUCCAAAUGAUCAUGUAAAUAAAUCUCAAAGCACUAAUGAUUCAUUUCCAACUGUUAUGCAAGUAGCACUUGCUUUAGAAAUUAAUAGAGUUCUUCUUCCUGGUUUGGAAAAAUUACAUAAUGCGUUAAAUGAAAAAGUUAAUGCAUGGAAACAUAUUAUAAAAAUUGGUAGAACUCAUACUCAAGAUGCUGUGCCUCUAACAUUAGGACAAGAGUUUUCAGGUUAUGCACAACAAAUUUGUAAUGGCAUUCAAAGAGUGAAAGAUACUCUUCCAAGAUUAUAUCAAUUAGCACUUGGUGGUACUGCAGUAGGAACAGGAUUAAACGCACCUAAAGGUUUUGCAGAGAAAGCAAUUGCAAAGAUUGCAGAUAUUACUGGUUUACCAUUUGUACCUGUUGCUAAUAAGUUUGAAGCUUUAGCAUCUAGGGAUACUAUAGUGGAAACACAUGGAGCAUUUAAUACAGUAGCAGUUUCACUUAUGAAAAUAGCUAAUGAUAUUCGAUUUUUGGGAAGUGGACCUCGCUGUGGUUUAGGAGAAUUAUCUCUUCCUGAAAAUGAGCCAGGAAGUUCUAUUAUGCCUGGUAAAGUUAAUCCGACACAAUGUGAAGCAUUGUCUAUGGUUUGUUGUCAAGUAAUGGGUAAUCAUACUGCUAUCACUGUUGCUGGAAGCAACGGUCAUUUUGAAUUGAAUGUAUUUAUACCUGUAAUGAUUUCAAAUGCUUUAAGAUCUGCGAGAUUAUUAGGUGAUGCCUCUGCAUCAUUUACAAAGAAUUGUAUUGUUGGUCUUAAAGCAAAUGAAGAACGUAUUAAAAAACUCUUAAAUGAGAGUUUAAUGCUUGUCACUGCUCUAAAUCCACAUAUUGGUUAUGAUAAGUCCGCUAAAAUUGCAAAGCAAGCUCAUGCAGAAAAUAUCACAUUAAAAGAAUCAGCACAGAAAAAUGGUAUAAGUCCAGAACAAUUUGAUGAAUGGGUGAAACCUGAAGAAAUGAUUGGUCCUAAAUAAAGUUAAUCAACAAAAUGAAAUCAAGUUAACAUUUUUUAUUAAUAACUUAUUACAAAAAUUUUUUUAAUAUGUGUCAUAUUUGUGAUAUAAUUAUCAUUAUUGCGUAUUAAAAAAAUAUACAAUUGAAAAUAUAAUCAUAUAAAUCAUAUAAAUUAUAUAAUAGUCAUUCGUAUCGUUUAAAAAAAAUCAUAGAUAAUAAAUAAUAAGUAUUAUAACUGAAAGAACUUUUCAAUUUAAUAAACAAGAUAAUAUAGUUUAUAAAUUGUAUGAAUAUAUCUUCAUUUAUCUCACAUGAUGUCAUAUUGUAAUGUAAUUCUUAGGGUUAUCUUAAGGGUUAUAUUAUAAAUAAUAUAAAAGUAUAAAUUAAUCAGUCAUUUUAAUACAUUACAUUUUACAUGUUUUAAAUUAAAACGAAAUUUUUCAUUUUUUGAAUGUCAUUUUAUUAUGAAUAAAUUGUGAACAAUUUA